AUGUCUGCCCAGGACUUCUUGCGGCGGGUUGAUGCCCGGCGAUUCAGUACCGGUGUGAUCUUGCUAAUCCUGCUUGCCUUCUACUCGCCCCUUUCCAAGCUGGUUUUGUCUCCGAUAUAUGGAUCUUUCCCCGCGCAUAUCUUCCAUAGUUUUGGAGUCGCCAUCUCCGGCGGACUCGGAUGGCUACUGAAAGAUAAGAUCCUCAAGCGCAUGGGCCGUCUCGGAGGUUUCAUGCUCCCUGUGUUGGCAUUCUGGGUUCCGACUCUCCAAUAUUUCAUCAAGCAGCAAAGCUCAAAGAUUGGCAAUCCCACAGGCCCAGUCGUCACGGAACUUUGCGGCUACUAUCCUCUGGUCCUGUUGACAGUCGCUUAUGCCGGAAAGCAAAUCCAGACUGCUUUGAGACUUGAGGCGCAGGGCGACGUGAUUGUUGAGCAUGUCCCCUUGAUAGGUUCAUAUGUCUUCUAUUCGGCCGGUGAACAUAUUGCCAAAUUUGUUCUUUCAUGGAUCGUUGGGUCGUCCGUGUUUUUCACCAGAGUCGGCAUGCAAAUGCUCCUCGCGGCUGCUUACGCUGCGCUCAUCCCGUCUAAAUGGCUAGUCCUGGCUAUUCCCUCUAUAAUCUUCUCCGUGACCUCAAACGUCCAUUUCGCUGGAAUGAGCGGUGUCAAUUCUGCAAUUGAACAUGAAGGAUAUUCUCUCUUGGCACGACAGGAAGCUUACACAGGAUACAUUUCUGUUUUGGAAAACAAUAAUGACGGAUUCCGGGUUAUGCGUUGCGAUCACAGUCUGCUCGGUGGACAGUGGAUCAAGCAGACACCAGGCUACCGACCUGAGGUGGAAGAUCCUAUCUACGCCGUCUUUGCCAUGCUCGAAGCCGUCCGUCUAGUUGAGCCGGAUCAUGGCGUUCCCCGUGUUGACGCAGACAGCAAAGCGCUGGUCAUUGGUCUUGGAAUUGGCACGACACCCUCUGCACUCAUUAAACAUGGUGUUGAAACCACCAUCGUUGAAAUCGACCCUGUGGUGCACAAGUUCGCUACUCAGUACUUCAACCUUCCGCCAAACCACACCCCCAUCAUUCAAGAUGCCGUAAAAUACGUCAAGAAGGCCGCAUCCUCCCCAAAUACACCCCAGUAUGACUACAUCGUCCAUGACGUAUUCACUGGAGGUGCCGAGCCCGCCGAACUCUUCACAUAUGAGUUCCUGUCUGGCCUUCACUCGCUCCUCAAGGAAGACGGUGCCAUUGCCAUCAACUACGCCGGUGACUUGACCCUCUACCCAACCGGUCUUGUCGUCCGCACCAUCAGGGCGGUCUUCCCAUCUUGCCGCAUCUUCCGCGAAGCACCCGGCGGAGAUGAGGAAGAUACUAACUUCACCAACAUGGUUCUGUUCUGCAAGAAGAGCUCCAACACACCGAUUCAAUUCCGUGACCCUGUCCCGGCAGACUUCCUGCGCAGCAAGUCUCGUGAAAACUACCUUGUUCCCGAGCAUGAAAUUGACGCUGGCAUAUUUGCCCAUUGGCCUAAGGCUGGCAGGAAACUUUUGUGGGCGAAGGAGGUCGGAAGAUUGCAUAAGUACCAGGAUCGCAGUGCGCUCAAGCACUGGGCUAUUAUGCGUAAGGUCUUGCCUGAUGCCGUGUGGGAGAACUGGUGA